GAAUUUUGAAAUUGAAGGCCAAGAGGAAAUGGCCCAUUACCACAAUGAUUAUAAAAAGAACGAUGAGGUGGAGUUUGUCCGAACUGGCUAUGGGAAGGACAUGGUGAAAGUUCUCCACAUUCAGCGAGAUGGAAAAUACCACAGCAUUAAAGAGGUGGCAACUUCAGUGCAACUUACUCUGAGCUCCAAAAAAGAUUACGUGUAUGGAGAUAAUUCAGACAUCAUCCCCACAGACACCAUCAAGAACACAGUUCAUGUCUUGGCAAAGUUUAAAGGGAUCAAAAGCAUAGAAACUUUUGCAAUGAACAUCUGUGAGCAUUUCCUUUCUUCUUUUAACCAUGUCAUCCGAGCUCAAGUUUAUGUGGAAGAGGUCCCUUGGAAGCGUUUUGAAAAGAAUGGAGUUAAGCAUGUCCAUGCAUUUAUUCACAAUCCCACUGGAACACACUUCUGUGAGGUUGAACAGAUGAGAAGUGGACCUCCAGUCAUUCAUUCUGGAAUCAAAGAUCUCAAGGUCUUGAAAACGACCCAGUCUGGAUUCGAAGGAUUCAUCAAGGACCAGUUCACCACCCUCCCUGAGGUGAAGGACCGGUGUUUUGCCACCAAAGUGUACUGCAAAUGGCGCUAUCACCAGGGCAGAGACGUGGACUUUGAGGCUACCUGGGAUACUGUUCGGGACAUUGUCCUGGAGAAAUUUGCUGGACCCUAUGACAAGGGCGAGUACUCACCCUCUGUCCAGAAGACCCUCUAUGACAUCCAGGUGCACUCUUUGAGUCGGGUUCCUGAGAUGGAAGACAUGGAAAUCAGCCUGCCGAACAUUCACUACUUUAACAUAGACAUGUCCAAAAUGGGACUGAUCAACAAAGAAGAGGUCUUGCUACCAUUAGACAAUCCAUAUGGCAGGAUUACUGGUACGGUCAAGAGGAAGCUGGCUUCGAAGCUGUGACAUUGUAGCCACCAGCACUGGAAGUCUACUCUCAACUGAGGAAUUCCCUCAGCCUCCUGUGAUGCUAGAAAUCAUAGCAUGUAACCAUGCAAAAUUUCAAACUAGUGUGUUGAUUUAUGGUGUUAUUUUUUUCUCCUGUAUGAAAGAGUUCUACUAGUAGCUCAGCAAGGUGUUUUGUGAUUAGUCAUUAUAACAUGCUUUUUGGAUACAGUUUACUUCACAAAUGCUAAGCAGUAUUAGAAUAGUCAUAAAUCAAUAUUUCUUUUUAGUUGUCUUGCACCUUCCUGUCUUAGAGAGGUUUUAGAAUCAAUUUACUAAGAAAAUAAUCAUGAAUUAAUGGAUGUGUCGUAUCAAUUAAUUUGUGCACAAAUUUAAGUGCAAGCAUUGUUUUCAACCUACUAAUGCUCAAACUUUGCUUCUGGGCAAUGCAGAAAAUGUAAUGACAAAAUCAUAUUUUAAAAACUAUCACCAGGGGUGCUUGGGUGGCUCAGUGGUUGAGCGUCUGCCUUUGGCUCAGGUCCUGAUCCUGGGGUCCUAGGAUUGACUACCGCAUCAGGCUCCCCGCAGGGAGCCUGCCUCUCCUUCUGCCAAUGUCUCUGCCUCUCUCUCUGUGUCUCUCAUGAAUAAAUAAAUAAAAUCU